AGCAGCGGCAGUUCAAUGUGAACGCGCGAGCGGCCAACACGUUAACGGCACGCAGUGCAGCGGCAAAAAAGCGAAAAAUAGGGAAAAAAAAACACAGCAACCUGAUAAUAGGCAGCAGUAGCAACUCAAGUGUGAAUUUAUAUUGAGGUUAUGUAAGCCUCUGGCCAGAAAUAGAAAACAAAAAACGCAACUGCAUUAGUCAGGUCACACGCUCAGCUUUAAAAGCUACAUCCCAGGCACGCGCUCCGCAUUCCAAAUGGAGGAGGCCAAGACGCAGGCGCAGCAGCCAUCGCCGCAGCAGCAAAGCCAUCCUUUGGAGGAUGUCUCUCUUGGCUCAGAAAACGAUGACGACAAACAGACGCCCAAAAAUUGGGUUAAAUUCGACGACGAGGCGGACAGCGGUGAAAAAAAUAAUAACAGUAACGGCGGCAAUGCCACACAGCAACCAACACAACAACAACAACCGCAGCAGCAGCAGCAGCAAAACAAGUUGUCGCUGCCUCCACCACCAUCGGUGGUGAGCAGCAACAACAAUAGGAGGGCGCGCUCGCGCAGUCCCAACGCUCCGUCAUCAACGACAACAACAACAACACCUGUCCAGCGCCCCACAGUUUCCUCGACCACAGCUGCCACACCGGUGGAUGCUUCUACGGCAGCAUUGCCGGAUGUGGCGCCCGCUGUUUUGACAACUGAGAGCACGCACGUUAAUCUGAGUGCAUCCGGCAGUGGCAUUGUAGCCGGAGGUGCAAGUGGAUCUGGAUCUGGAUCGGGCCCGGGUACUGGUCCGGCGCCCGCCCCACGACAUCCCCCGCAGCUAAUAAACCAAAAAGUAGCCUCAGCCCCCUUGCCGGCUGCAGCGGCAUCUUCCAGUCAUCAUCACAAUGGGGGCAGUGGCACCAACGGCACUGGUGCUGGUCAGGCGGCCAUGGAUCAGGCUUCUGGGAUGCGCACAAUUGAACUGUCAACGGGACGAAUUCGUGAGGGAUUUGCGAAUGGCGAUGUAAUUGUAACUCUGCUGCCAGCAAACACAAAGUGGCCGUGGAUAACACCUGCUAUCUUCCGGCCGGAAUUGGUGCCCGAGGAGCUAAUGGCCCAGGGUCUGACGCUCACCGUGGAGGAUUAUGUGAAUGCUAUGGAGACGCUGGUGAACGACUAUCGCUUCACGGUUUACAACAUUUGCUACAAACGUAUCCUGGUCUGCUGGAUCCUGUUCGCCUUUGCCGUGCUCCUGGCGCUUCUCUUCUCCGGCCUGCAGGGAGUGGCCCUGUUCGCCCUCGGGGUCGGCUGGCUCUUCCUGAACGCUGCGGCCAUCUUCCUGUGCAUGUGGGUUAAGCUGCGCCUAUCGCGGGGACUGGAGAAGUGUCUGGCUCGGGUCAACCGGCAGCUGAUGCGUCACAAAAUCCUGCUGGUGCUGGACGAUAGGGGUCGCAUCUCGUGCCACAAGGUGAAUCUCUGUUUCAUGUACUUCGAUGCCACGCAAUGCGUAAGCUUCUUGAAUGAGUUCCUGGAGCAUACGGAGCAGAAUGGCGGCGAGGCCAUCAAGGCUGGCUGGGAGCGCAAGCUGGACAUCGACUUGGAGGACAUUGUCAUUCAGGGCAGCCAGCCGGUUCGAGUUCCCCGCAAGGAGGAACGGGGCAUGCAGCUGUUCCUGCGAUACGGCUCCCGCUGGGGCAUGGAGGCGCUGCGGGGGCUGGUGGACGUGACGCCCCUGGAGCCGGGACGCCACUGCGGACAGUUCCAGUGCCCCUGCCAGUACAUCAAAGAGCACCUGCAGUGCAAACCGCGAGGCAAGUUCAAGUGUUGCAAUUUUGUGCAUUGGGUGAUGGCAUCUGAGCGCUACGACAGCGACAACUAGAGCUUGUAAAUGUCUAUUAAUGUACUGUACUAUACCUGUAUGUCUGUGUGCUGUAACUAAGUGAAUUUAUUGCCGACUAUCUGCUAGAGGCUUUUCCGCAAACUGAUGAAUUUAGCUAAUUUUCUUUUGGCCGGGCCAGAGCUUGAAAAUCGAGGAAAUACCAAUAAGCAACACCUGCCACACUGCGACCAUUUAUCAACUUUUAUUUCGUUUCAGAUGUUAGCCCCUAAGGCUGAGGCAAGUUUGCUAGUGUUAUUGGUAUCUCUCCACUCUCUUAACUUUUUAAUCUAUGCCUAAUUAUUCUGUGUUUAAUUAACCCACGAGAUACAUUUAUUUGAUCUAUUUUUAUGCUUUCAAAAUUUACACAAACAGUCGCCAUAAACAGCAUUGGCCAAGUAGUUUGGACCCGAUUCCCCUUGUUUGGUGGCUAGAGAUUAAGCUGGGUGGUGGCACCACAAUCACAACCCACAAGCGCCACACGAUUUCGAGUGUGCGUUCCUGAAAUACUAAGCCGUUUUGAAAAUAUCUUGAAAAUUUCAACCUACUCUUACCACACUCAACCGUAUAAUUCUCUUAUUAACAUAAGCCUUGUAUAAAUUGUGUUUUUGUUUCAUAAAAGUACGUAUGAUCUGUUGGUGUCACAA